GAAACACGCUUUAAACUGCCACAGGAUGAAGCCAGCCCUUUUUAAUGUCUUGUGUGAAAUCAAAGAAAAAACAGUGCUGAGCAUCCGUGGAGCGCAGGAAGAGGAACCCACGGACCCGCAGCUGAUGCGGUUAGACAACAUGCUGCUGGCCGAGGGCGUCGCGGGCCCCGAGAAAGGAGGGGGCUCUGCCGCCGCUGCCGCUGCCGCCGCCGCAUCGGGAGGAGCCGGCUCCGACAACUCGGUGGAGCACUCCGACUACAGAGCCAAGCUGUCCCAGAUCCGGCAGAUCUACCACACGGAGCUGGAGAAGUACGAGCAGGCGUGCAACGAAUUCACCACCCACGUGAUGAACCUGCUGCGUGAGCAGAGCCGGACCCGGCCCAUCUCGCCAAAGGAGAUAGAGCGGAUGGUCAGCAUCAUCCACCGCAAGUUCAGCUCCAUCCAGAUGCAGUUGAAGCAGAGCACGUGUGAAGCCGUCAUGAUCUUGCGCUCCCGAUUUCUGGACGCACGGCGGAAGAGAAGAAACUUCAACAAGCAGGCUACAGAAAUCCUGAAUGAGUAUUUCUAUUCCCAUCUCAGCAACCCUUACCCCAGUGAGGAAGCCAAAGAAGAGCUAGCCAAGAAAUGCGGCAUCACAGUCUCACAGGUAUCAAACUGGUUUGGAAAUAAGAGAAUCCGGUACAAGAAGAACAUAGGUAAAUUUCAAGAGGAAGCCAAUAUUUAUGCUGCCAAAACGGCUGUCACGGCUACCAAUGUGUCAGCCCAUGGAAGCCAGGCUAACUCACCCUCAACUCCCAAUUCAGCUGGUUCUUCCAGUUCUUUUAACAUGUCAAACUCUGGAGAUUUGUUCAUGAGCGUGCAGUCUCUCAAUGGGGAUUCUUACCAAGGGGCCCAGGUUGGAGCCAACGUGCAGUCACAGGUGGAUACCCUUCGCCAUGUUAUCAGCCAGACAGGAGGAUACAGUGACGGACUCGCAGCAAGUCAGAUGUAUAGUCCGCAGGGCAUCAGUGCUAAUGGAGGUUGGCAAGACGCUACUACCCCAUCGUCGGUGACCUCCCCCACAGAAGGCCCUGGCAGCGUUCACUCUGAUACCUCCAACUGAUCUCCCAGCAAAUUGCAUCCCUGGCUGAGCCGGCCCCGGCGGGGCGGGAGGGGAGGGGGCCUCUCCUAACACCGCAGCAGUCAGACUGGAGGUGAAACCAAUCAGCACACACAAGAAGACUCCUUCUCUUCUCUUCUCUUCGUCGGGAUGCUUUUUUCAGCCAAUCUGGACACUUCUUUAUACUCUCUUCCCUUUCUUUUCUGGGUAGAAGCCGCUCUCCCCCCCUUGCCGCCGCCACAACACCUCCCUCCCCCCACCUCCCCACCGAAGGAUAUUUUGACAGCUAGAAGGAUUUUAAGGAGGAAAAGCAAAACACAACCACCGCCACGCCAACCGAACCAAAAGCAGCGCAUGGCCUCGCACUGAGCCAAAAUACCUCGGUCGGGUCUCGCUCCUUCUCCACCAAGCAGCCCUGCUCACCCUGUUCCUCUCUCGCUACCUCUCCAUAGGAAAUGGCCUCGGCAGCCCUCUGCCCUGCUGCACCCUCACUUCGGCUGCUCUGGACACUGAGUGCACCCAUGCCGUGCCCCAGGAGCCAUCCCUGUGCACUGUGGGCUGCAGGGCAGGCAAAGCAACCCCACUGCGCGUAGGAGCCGGAGCCAGGGGCUCCCCACUGCUUUAUGGAGGUACCAACCAACCCCCUGCCAGCCCCCAGGCAGCACUGCUUGCCUUUCUCCCAGCCCUGCUCUGCCGCAGCUCCCAAACGCAUUGGCCCCGAGAGGUGGCACCCCGCCAGCAUCCCUCCUGGUCACCAUUCUGCGGUGCUGGUGGGGAGGGCCCGAGGCAGAGGCAGGUGGGGGCACUGCUGGUAACCACAGUGCUGAGCACGGCCACGGUGCUUUACGUGAUCAAGCAUAAAGUAAUGAUGGAUGGGACACGAGCGGUUUUCUCACCUAGGGAGACCAGCAGCAGUUAGUGUUCUGCAGAGAGCAUCAUGCGGUGUUAGCUCGUGCUUCCCCCUGCAGGUCCACCAGCUGCUUAGGGAAAGGAGAAUGUGGGUUUCUCGGUGAAAGGGGUUGGUGGUCCCCUCUGCAUCCCCAAACCAUUGCCUGGUGCACGAGACCCCGCAGGCUAGGUGCUUUCUUUGUGCCUUUGGGAAUGGGUCAUACAAUGGCUUUGCUUGAGGGUGAAGCUCUGUGAGGCGAGCAGACGUCCCUUGGGGGUUUGUCCUUCCCCUGCACCUUGGAGUUACUCUGAGAAGUGGCAGCUGAGGCCCUGGGAGAUCCCGUGGGGUUUUUUGCCCAGCUUUUCCCGUCUGCUUUAGGAACAGUUGGUGAUGGGUGGAAACAGGACUUCAUCCCCCUGGGCAGCAGGAGGGAAUUGCAGUGGCACGCGCUGCCUCAUGUCACGGGUGGUGGGCAGCACUUUGCUCUGCUGGGCAGCAUGGGGCACCUGGCAACAAAUCUUAGGGCCUCCCAACCUCAGCUCACGUCCACGGCUCGCAUUCUGCCCACGCCAGCAUUGGCUCCUUCGAGCUGGGAGUAUCGCUGGUGCAGAGCAAACAUUUCCCAUUAAAGCUCUGCCAGAAACAUUUCCACCCCUCUGCUGGAAGCAGCAGCGCUGGCCCACAGCCCGGUGCCGUGGGGACGUGGCUUUCCACGGGGGCUCCAGAAUGUGCAGUCGGUGAUCUCCAGACCAACAAAAUGUCGAUUCCGUGGUUGUCCUUGCUUCUGAGCUGGUGGUGGGACGAGCACGCCUCCCGCUGCUUACAAAAGGGAGUGGAUGCCCCAAAUCUUGAGAGAUUCAGCCCAAAGGAGAGACUCAGCGCCGCCUCAGUGGGAGAAGGCCGGGCUGCGGGCAGCACUUACAGCACCCAAGGCGUAGGGCUGCCUCUGCCGUGCUUUGCUUCAGGGCACGAAAUCCAGAGGGCCAGGAGCGAGUUGGUCCCACCCGAGGACAGCACCGAGGACAGCACCGCGCUCACUCCUCCACGGUACUUUGCACCCUCUGGGUUGCGUUGUCGGUCUCUCUCCUUAUGCCUGUGCUUUUUUUAAUGGUUUUAUCCCCGCUCCGCCCGUCCCCUUCCUUACCCAAAAGUGUUGUGGUUCUUUUCGUCUUCUUUUUUUUUUUUAAUUAUUUUUAAUAAUUUUUUUUUUCUGCCCAGAAAAAAACCUGACUUCGAUAC